GGGUGCAGAGUGGAGCCAGCUCCAGGCAGGUGGCUCCGACUCCAGGUGCCUGCAUGGCUGGGAAGCAGCCCCUGGGGGGCUGGCUGUGGUGAUGGAGCCUCGGGCCCGUGCUUCCAUGCAGGGUAUGCAGCAGGCGGAUGGGGCAGCACGGCCCCCCAAGGCCCAGGGUCAGCAGCAUGUCUUCAAGGUGGUCCUCCUGGGCAGCAGCUCAGUGGGCAAGACCAGCCUGGCCCUUCGCUAUGUGAAGAACGAUUUCAAGAGUGUCCUGCCGACCGUGGGCUGUGCUUUCUUCACGAAGGUGGUGGACGUGAGCACGGUGCCUGUGAAGCUGGAGAUAUGGGACACGGCUGGCCAGGAGAAGUACCACAGCGUCUGCCACCUGUACUUCCGGGGUGCCCACGCCGCGCUGCUGGUGUAUGACAUCGCCUGCAGGGAUUCCUUCCAUCAGGCCCAGCGAUGGCUGGAAGACCUGGAGAAGGAGUUCCGUCCAGGAGAGGUGGUGGUGGCACUGGUUGGCAACAAGACGGACCUCAGCCUGCAGCGGGAGGUGGCCGCUCAGGAGGGACAGGCGCUGGCAGACAACAAGGGGCUGCUGUUCUCAGAGUCCUCGGCCAAGCUCAACCAGCAGGUGGCGGAGAUCUUCAACGCUGUGGCCCGUGAGCUACUACAGAGAGCCAGCGACAGGGAGGUACAGACCCAUCAGGGCCAGCAAGCGGGUGUAGUCCUCAACGAGAGGUCCGGCAGGCAGGCCGGAUGCUGUGCCCACUAAGGGGGACCUUCCAGAAGGCCUCCAGCAGCCCCAAACAGGGAGGGUACUGACUGAAUCACCGCACUUCACUGCUUUGCUGCUGAGCCCUGAAGUUGUGUGUGAGGAGGCUCUGCCUGAAGCCAGGGGGCAUUGCUGGGGUGAGGGGUUGGUGUGGAAGAGCUGGGCAAAGG